AUUAAUUUUUUCCUAACAGGAUUGUCUUUCUCCACUUAGUAUGCAGGCAUUACCUGCAACUCCUGAAUCAUUGGCUAUUGUUGAAAUGGGCGGUUCUGAAGGUGGCACCAGAGAUACAAGUGGUCAAGGAAUAUUAUAUCUCAAUAUUGGAUUACAAAAUGGAGUAUUAUUAAGAACUGUAUUGGAUCAAAUAACAGGUGAUUUAUCUGAUACUAGAACCCGUUAUCUAGGAUCAAGACCGGUAAAGCUGUUUAAAGUCCGGAUGCAGGGAAGUGAUUCAGUAUUAGCAAUGUCUAGUAGAUCAUGGCUGAGCUACUAUUAUCAAAACAGAUUUCACUUAACUCCAUUAUCUUAUGAGACAUUAGAGUAUGCAUCUGGAUUUUCAUCAGAACAAUGUCCUGAAGGGAUUGUUGCUAUUUCCUCUAACACACUGAGAAUUUUGGCUUUGGAAAAAUUGGGAGCUGUCUUUAAUCAAGUUUCAACCCCCUUGGAAUAUACUCCUCGAAGAUUUGUGAUUCAACCAGAAACUGGUUAUUUAAUUAUUAUUGAAACUGAUCACAAUGCCUACACUGAAAAGACUAAAGUUCAGAGAAAGCAACAAAUGGCUGAGGUAAAAUUUAAUAAAAAUAAGAGUUUAUUUUGAUGUAAAUCCUAUUAUUAUGAUAAAAUACAAUACAUUUAGAAUAGUACAAUUAAAAUUAUUAAUUUAUGAUUGAGCCGAUUGUGAAAGUUCAUUUCUCCAUACAUAAUAAUUUAUAUAAUAUUGUAUAUGGUGUAUAGUUUUAUUUUAUAUACUCCUCUAGGAAUAAGGGUUAAUAUAGUUAAUGGCAUUUACAAUUAAAUUAUAUUUUUUCCAAAUUGUUUCAACAGAAGUUGUGUUAGAAAACAGUCUGUGUAUUCUUGUCCCACAGUAGAAAUACAAACAUCACUAUAACCUUUAGUUUGACAAAAAAGAACAAACUUUUUACACUUGUAUAUAUAAUGAUUCAAAGUAGCAUUUCCUUGUGUACAAGAAGGAUAUCUAUCCAAAUAAUUAAAAUUUAACUGGGAAAAAAUUUAAGGUUAAUGAAAUUUAUUUAAACAUAUCUGGAUAAUCAUUUACUUUACUGCAAAAGGCAAUUGUUGUUGAUAAGAAAAAACCUGACAUCUGUGCAAUAUUUCUGUAUACUAGAGGUAGAACUUAGCAUUGGUUAUCUUUUUGUUCUCCUCACUGACAAAAAAAAAUCAUUGAAUUCUAAUAUAAUUAUGUUACAAUAGUAAUUUAUGGUCUUUGGUGAUGAGUCAAUUAAAGCUAAGAAAAAGCUGAUUCGGUUCAGUAGACUAUCCAAUUGUGUAUACCAACUAUUUUUCAGCGAUCUAUUCAUUGACAGUCCUUUUAAAACAGAAUAUGCUGUGAACACAAGAGAGGAUGAGUCUGAGACAAUAUUUGAUAAAAAUUUAAGAACAAGUUUAAUAAAACAAUUAUAAGGAAAGUACAAACCUAAUUCAGAUCUGUUGUUAGUAUCGAUCUCUCAAGGCCAAAAAGGUGACAAAAAAACUCAGUUGAAUCAAUCUUGAUGUAAUUGAGCAAAAAGGUCUCCAUAAAGGUAAACCACACAACCAACUCAACAUGAAUAGAGAGGCAGCUAAUUUUUUAAAGACAGGUGACUAUUUCUCAUCAUACAUAAGCUAUCAAUCACUACUUUUACCUUAGGUAGAGCUUUACCCUUCACAAAGGAAACAUAAUUGACAAAAGAACCUGAUACUGAUAAAUGCAUACCCAGGUAAACCACUUUGUUUAAAAUGCUAAUAUCUAUUAUUUAUGAAAAACUUAUAAAUUUUUGUUAGCCAUCUUCCCUGUCUGAAAAUCAUAAUCCUGGGCUUAUAGAAAUUAAACCCAAAGAUGAAUAUUGUGAUAGUAGAUCCAGUUUUCUGUGAAAGUUGACUGGUGUUGUUGACGACAAUACUGUAUUACUUGCAAACUGAAGUAGUUGGAUGUCUAAAUCAUCAAAAGUUGUAUCAUGUUGUUUACAUAGCAAACAAACAACAAAAGGCUAAUUAAAAAAAUUAUACCAGACAGCCAAGGAAAUGACAUGAUUGGUCAUAAAUUUUGUCACAUGAAACCAGCUGAUAUGUAGUCAAAAGGUCUUGGAGUUUUUAAUGUUUACCAAAUUCCUGGUAAGAUUUAUCAAAGUUAAAACAUGGAAAUUUUGGGUAAUGAGCUAUAAUUCUCUAUUUAGAUUUUAAAAAGAGACGAGUUUGGCAUGGUUACCCUAUCUUCAAAAAAUACAGAGAGAUUUAUAUUUUCAAUUCCACUUUUUCUUAAGUAUGAGACAAGAUUCGUCAAACCACAGAGAACAACGGGCAUUAUUAACCCUAACUCCCCCUCUUAAAAUGCCAAGUUUCUCGCCAAGGAACAUAAUUCAACAAUUACUACAUGAUAAAAAUCAUCUAAUUCAUUAGCAAAUUUCUUAUUCUGAAAACAUGACUUAACAGCAUCAGCAGGUGCACCUACCUUAGACUUAUUCCAAACAUAGCAAGUCUCAAAGAAACUGAUUUUUCCAUCCAAAAGACAUUCAGAACUACAGAGAAAUGAUCUGAUAAUGGCAGACAUUCUACUUUUUAAAGUCUCUAUUAAAUGAUGUAUGCUUUGAGAAAUAAUCAUGAAGUCAAUAAUUAAACAACCAAUACUUGAAAGAAAAGUCAAUUCUGCAGGAUAAUCUCUUCUGGUUUGCCCAUUGAGAAGAAUAAGGUUAUGUUCAAUUAACCACUGUAAAAACAGUAUGCCAUUAGUAUUGAUUUUUAGGUUCUUUGAUCGCCUUGAAUUGUAAAUAUUUCGUGAUUAGUUGUAUUCAAAAAGUAUCAACUUUGUGACCAACAUGUACAUUAAAAUCACCCAUAAUGACAACUUCGUCAAACAUUGGUGACCAGGUUUCCAAGAUAUCGGAACGAAUCAAGAUGAAUGUUUUGCUGUUUUUUAGUUCCAGCAUAAUCAGUAUUAAGGUGGAUUGAGAAGCAAAAAUGUUUGAAUGAGUUAGACUAACCACAAGUAUAUCUGGGUAAAAUCCAAUAGCUCAAAAUAAGCUUUAGAUUCAUUAAAGAAAAGAAUACCACCACUAGGCCUUCCUGGGUCCGUAAGUUUAUCCACCAAUAUUAUAUGAAAGUUUCAAUUUGCUAGCAAUAACCUACUAAGAAUAACCACCUCAGAUGAAACCAAUCAGGUUGCCACUAAAUCCAUACAUUACAGGUCUGGACAGUUAUACAUGUAACUCGUAAUCACCGAGCUUUUAGAACUAAAUCCAUUACAAUUCCAGAAAGAUAAGGAAGCUGAUUGAAAGCCCAACCCAGAUUCAAGUCCUGGAGGGAUGUUGUGCUGUAGAGACCCCUCAGAUAGUCUGACACAUGAGAGAAGUUUAAAAUAAAAAAGGAGGAGGAAGUUCAACAAGCUGAGACUCCAAGAUAGAAAAUGCUUAUCAUCUACAAAUAAAUCAUCAUCGUGUAACUAGACUUGUCUAUCUUUUAAGUAAGAAACCAAUUUCAUAUGGUUGUAAACAUGAAUUGGCAGACAAAUCCGGUGCCAAACUAAAUG